AUGACACAAAAGUACAUUUCAACAAUCAGGAGUGCAUUUGCUACUAAGCCCGUGGAGCCACUUGAAGAGGAGAAGCUUCCAUUCUACAAACCAGGACAAUUUUAUCCCGUACACAUUGGCGAACUUCUAAAUUCGAGAUACAGAGUAGUAGGAAAGCUCGGCUAUGGCUCUUACUCUACCGUAUGGCUAUGCCAUGAGAAAAGUGAACAGACAUACGUGGCUGUCAAGAUCCUAACCAAGAACGCUUCAUCGAGAAUACUAUCUGGAGAGCUGAGGAUAUACGACCACCUCAGCAUGUUGAAGUCUUUCCAUAUAGGAGGUUCCUAUAUCCGUGGCUUGCAUGAUACCUUCGACAUCACAACUCCAGACGGCAGAUAUCCAUGUUUAGUGCAUCCACCAAUGCACAUGUCUUUACAUGAUCUGCGAAUGCUUUCCAGCUCCCGAAAACUGGGCGAGUUUCUACUCAAAGAAACCCUGAAAUGUAUCCUUCAAGCACUUGACUUUCUACACACGGAAGCGAACGUUGUUCAUACCGAUAUAAAACCCUCAAACAUCAUGCUCAGCAUAGACGAUCCCUCGAUUCUUACAGACUUCGAAAUAUCCGAACAACAAACCCCAGCUCCCAAGAAAACCAUAGACAGCACACGUUCAAUCUACACAUCUCGAAAGCUAAGCCUACCCAAAGACAUGCUCUGGGGCCAGCCCGUACUCUGUGACCUCGGCCAGGCGAGAAUAGGGCCAAGUCAUACAGGAAUCAUCCAACCGAACAUCUACAAGGCCCCAGAGGUGCUCUUCGAUAUGGAAUGGGGGUUUAGUGUCGAUAUAUGGAAUCUUGGCGUAAUGAUCUGGGAUAUAUUCGAGGAAAAGCAUCUAUUCAAUACUCUCGACGAAGACGGGGAUUACUCGCUAUCGCACCAUGUAGCCGAGAUGGUGGGGUUUCUUGGUUUACCUCCGUUGGCUUUUAUCGAGCGAAGUCGAGAGACUCGGAAUGUGUUUACAGAUGAUGGCAAAUGGCUAGGCGCAGGCGGAGUGACCAUUCCUACUACGUCACUCGAAGAAACGGAGGAAAACCUCGGCGGAAAGAACCAGGAACUGUUCCUCCAGAUGAUCCGUGGUUGA